GGUUUGACUUUAUCUUACAUUCAGAAGAAAGUCACCAUGAAGACCCUGAUAUUCCUGGCUUUGCUUGGAGCAGCGUUUGCUGCGGCUGAGGAUGAUAAGAUUGUCGGAGGUUAUGAGUGUCCCAGGAACUCUGUUCCCUACCAGGUGUCUCUGAACGCCGGGUAUCACUUCUGCGGUGGAUCCCUCAUCUCCAGCCAGUGGGUGGUGUCGGCUGCUCACUGCUACAAGUCUCGUAUUCAGGUUCGUCUUGGCGAACACAACAUCGCUGUGAAUGAGGGCACGGAGCAGUGGAUUGAUGGCGCCAGGAUGAUCAAGCACCCAUAUUACAACAGCUACAAUCUAGACAACGACAUCAUGCUGAUCAAACUGAGCCGACCUGCCACCCUGAACAGCUACGUCCAGACCGUAGCCCUGCCCACCCGCUGCACCAAUGCCGACGAGAACUGCCUGGUGUCUGGGUGGGGCAACAUCAUCACCAACGGAAACAACUAUCCUGACAGGCUGCAGUGUCUGAGGCAGCCCAUCAUCGAUGACAGGAUCUGCAGGAACGCCUAUCCCCACCUCUUAACAGAGAACAUGCUUUGCUCAGGAUUCAUGAAUGGAGGUGCCAGCAGCUGCCAAGGAGACUCUGGCGGUCCUCUGGUGUGUAAUGGUCAGCUGCAGGGUGUUGUGUCCUGGGGUUACGACUGUGCCAUGCAGGGACACCCCAGUGUCUACGCCCGCGUGUGCCGCUACAACAGCUGGAUCCACACCACCAUGGGCAACAACUAAACGCACACUCAGCCAUACAUCCACGUGUGCAGGUUGAUAUUACAACACCAUAAUCAGUGUUUAUUCUCAGUUUAUUUGCAACACCCUCUGUAAUACUAUUUCAUUCAUAUACAUCUCAGGAAUCGCAUGCUUAGACAUAAUAUUCUGAAGAAUUGGACAAAUGAAUAAAAUGAUACGUCCAUAUUCAGUCCAUCCACUGAAUUUGUUUUGUUUUUCUUGCAUUGAGCUCCACAGUUGUGUUCAAAACAUAACCAUGCUCUCUUGCUUGGUAAUUCUGUAUUUUUCACUGGUUCUGUAUCCAUUCUGCGCUGUCACAAGGCCACUGCUGUCUUGAAAUUCACAAUGAAUAAAUGAACAAAAGAUAAACCUAAAACUUUUGGUAAACAUUCAUGUUUAAUAUUUAAUUUGUACUUAUUGUACUAUAGACGCAUGCAUCUCUAUGAAGUACCUUUCGUACUUGGUUACCCUGGGCA